UGGGAGACGGGUGCUCACCCGAGCAGCAUGUGUCAGCAGAAUUGUAGUUCCCACAGAUGUCGCCUCUGCAGGCGUCAGGUCGGAAAACGGGGGAAAAUUGCGAGAAGAGAUCCGGAGUUUCAUUUAUGUUUCGGAUAGAGAUUGUCUUGCAGUCAAUCGAAGACUCUCUUCCGACAUUGUAAACUGAAAACCACCCUCCCACCUGUGAUGAUGCUGAUGUGGUGAGUUGGUGACGUAGGGGCUUGGCAAGCGGCCGUCAGAAGCAGGACAACGAAGGGAGACGGGAUGUCGGCACACGGCAUGCCACCCUUUCUCCACUUUUGCCCACGUUUGCCUUCGUCAACCUUCUCUGUUGUUUCCUGUGUGUCCUCCGUCUUUCGUUUCACCUCACCAGGUUCCUGCCUUCAACGUGUGCUUCACCGCAGACCGUCCAACGGUCUCCCUCGGAUUCUGCCGUUUCCGCCAUGGCGUCCUUGUCUUCUCAGCGUGCGAUCAGGCGGAAAGCCUCUGUUGUUGUUGUUUGCUAAACUUUUGACUAAGCUUCAACUGCUUUAAACUUUCUCUCCCGAUGAAGAUAGUGCGCAUCUCCGGUUCGACUUACGAUCCUCGACAGUAAAUUUCCGUAGAAAGUAUCGAGUGCUCCGUUCCUGUGCGAUUAGUUCUGAAUCUGCUGGAAGUCCGAACAUAUAUAUGUUUCCUUGUGACGGUAUGCAUUAUAUUCGCGACCCUUUUGCAGCGUGUCUGGUGCGUCGGCUUUGGUGUGCAAGAUACUUCCAGGUUGAGUGUCGGAGCUGGCAACAUGUGUGCUUUCCGACGACGUCACUCAGAAGGUAUGCAACUGCAGACACGCAAGUUGCUUGCUUCCUUUGUUCUGAAGCUAAUCUGUGUGAUGGCAUCCACUGAAACGUUUCGAUUGUCUCUUUGCACGUUCUAAGAAAAACCUGCUGUCUGCAUGGACAGUGGAAAUCCCCUCUUUUCUGGGUCUUCUCUCCCCAGUUUGCGUUCCAGGCGGGGUGCUGGCCCCCGCCGCCGAGACCUGCUGGAACCGCAGUCAUCACCAGACUUUUUCAGACGGCAGAAACUGCGGAAACAGCGCAUCGAGGACACCCACGUUUUAGCGUUUCUCGCAGGUGUUGUAUUCUUUGUUUCUUUCGGCCUCCGGACCUGAAAACCUUCGCGAAUCGCCCCGACGAUGGGGAAAGUCCACACCAGACGAUUCACUCCGGAAGAGGAGCCACACCCCAGCGCAUACAGUCGUCAGGAGAAGCAAACUGACGUGGAAAGGAAAACGAAAGGAGGGUCAAGUCGAGGAAGGCCGCCUUUUAGGACCGGACUCCCGUCAGGGCGCCUUCGGUCUUGCCCGCCCGUCUCUCGAGCAACGAGGCCGUCCUCACAGAGGCGAGGAAUCAGCCGCUGCACUGAAGGAGAGAGAAAUCUGCCUAAACAGCGACAAGAAAGGGAUGGACCGGCUUGCCCGAACGGCCAUGGAAAGGGUGGAAAACUCGCGCAGAAUCUCGAAAAACGCAAGUCAGGCGCGCCCUCGAGCAGUCCGUCAUCGCGUCACGUCGCUUCCAAAAUGUCUGCCUCUUCUUCUCCACAACACAAGCCUCGUCAGUCGCCUUCCUCAUGCCUCUCAUCUUCUGCGUCUCCAAGUCGUCCUGCUAUCCCUACCUCAAGCUUGAAUGGCGAGGGGAGGCAGACGAGGCUGGGUACACUGGCCAAUGGUCGGGCCGCUGCUCCGGCGGCCUUCUCUCCCGAGGGCAGAGCCAGUGAAGACUGUCUGCGACCGGACUCGGAAGCUGAGGAAGGGCGCAGAUCUCCAGUCCCUUGUGUCGGUUUUUUGAGUGAAGAAACUUCUAGAACAACAUCCAGGACUCCUCGCACCCUCAGACGAACAGCCCCCGAAGGGAAGUCCGGAGAAACGCGCUUCUUCUCGUCGGAUACUCACUCCUCUUCUUCAUACUCGGACGCCCUCUCUUCUUCUGUGCAUGCCUCGGGGCAGACAAGCUCUCAGCCCCCUCGGACUUCUUCCCCUUCUGCUGCUGCCCUCCGCUCUUCCUCCAUCUCUUCUUCGCCUUCUUCCCGAGGUUCCUCGACGGUUCGCUCUUCCUGUGCUUCGCCUCUGGAUUUCGUUUCGCGCAAGUCUCUCAAAAGCCUUCCCUCUCCGGAUCUCUCUGAGUUUCUGGCGUCGCGGCGCUUCCGGGGGAACCAAGGCGAGGCCGUGGUGACGCAGGAACUUGAAGAAACUCGCGCGAGACGCACAGGCGCGGAGCGGCGAGUGGCAGAGAUGAGCAUGCAGCAAAGUGCUCUGGGAGCGCGAGCCGGGGAGCUCCUGGAAGGCGACGAGAAGCUUCGAGCGCGCCUUCUCGCACUGGCGGCCUCGUCACCUUCUGCCUUGUCCCAGAAGACUGCAGACGUCCCUCUCUUGAACGAGAAGGAGACAGAUGAGAUGGCAGCGCUGCGGAAGGCGAGUCCGGAGCCUCGCUUGGCUGCAGAGUUGUAUGAAGCGCGAAAGCGUGAGCCUACGGAGCGGGGACCUCGAGGGAUGCCCGAAGACGCAGCGGGACCCGAAGAGACACGGGCGGCACAGCGCGAUGGCAGUUUCAGGGAAGAAGGCGAGGAACUGCGUAAAUCGAGAAGGCGAGAAAGGGAGGAGAAGGAACUGCUCAGGGUGCUUUCUUCUUCCGAAACGGCUGGCGGGUGUUUGUCUGCAGCAGGGGAAGGGGGUAAUACCAGAGAAGCAGGGGAGAGGAGGCAGAUCAAGGGAAGGAGAGGUACGGUAGGAAUCUUCGAGAAAGAGAAGGAGAGAGAUUUUGCUGGUCUUUCCUCAGGUGACGGCUCCGACGGCGAGGAUGCACGCAAAGAGCUCGAUUCAACGCGACGGAGCCGCCGUAAAGAACGAGGGAGGAGGCCGACAUGCGCCUCUUCCUCCUCUUCUGCCGGGUCGCCUGCUUUUUCUCUGUCCUCUCGCGUCUCGUCUUGUGGUCUACGGCAUGUUUCACAGAGAAAGGCGGAGACCUCGCAGUCGAAGAAGGAGCGACAAACACUGGGGUUAUCGAAGGACCACGCAGGGGCGCUGUCUGGAGAAGAACGCGACGCGGACGAGAAGCCUUGCUUCGGUCGAAAACGGGUGCUGUCUGUGGAAGCCGGAAGUCCCGAGCUUCGCUCGCCUCAUCCUGGGGAGUGUAGAGAGCAGCUGAGAGAGAAGAAGAGAAGACUCGCUGCGGGUGCCGAGCCGGAGGAGGUGGAGGAGAGAGACGAAGCUUCAAGAGGGGACGAACAAGGGGACAAUGGGAGUGGCGCCAAAGCGGGGAGACGUCUUUCGGCUUCCCUGAGGGGCGCAGCGGACCAGCGCGUCACGCGGAGCAGGCUGGCAGUGGUCGAGAAGCUCGGUGUUUCUCCCCUCGAGGAAAAACGACAUCGCUCCAAAAAGUCGAGAGCGAGGUUUAUCUCCCUUUCUUUUCCGACUUCCGAGCUUUCUGAGGAGGCCAAAGCCGCGCCGCGUCAGCUGCGCAGCACUGCUCGGGAUGCCUUAGAGCCGCGCGAGCGAGGGCGGCUGGAGCCGGUGGCGAGGAGACAGGAGCAGGCGGGCUGUGGCGCCUCAGAGGGCGAAGCGGAAGAACAGGAAGGAAAGCCGGAAAGAGGACUGCUUUCGCCGGUUUCGCGCGAAGUCAAGGCACGAGUCAGCGAAGCGCUUGUCGCCUCCCUGCGCCUUGAAAAAGGAGACAAGAAGGAAGCGCUGAAGGAGAAGCGGCAAACCCAGGCAGCGACAUCUCCGAAGAAGGAAGAACACGAUCAGGACAAGGACGAGCAGUCUCAGGGGAAGGAUGAACUUCCGGAAAAGGAGAAGGAGGCGGUCUACCUCUCGCGCCUUCGAGCCCGCAGCAGCUGCUUGCGCGCCCCCCACGCGCGUUGGGUCGCACGCUGGCUCCAGGAGCUCUACCGCUGGGACGAGGAAGUGGAGGACAGCGACUCGGAAGGCGUCACAUGGUGGCAUGCUCUCUCGUCUGCGGCCGGUUCCUCAUCUCUCCCAGAAACCACGAAGAGGGACCCGGGCUCUCGACGCUCUUGCCGGCUCGCGGACCGUGCAGCGGCUCCACCCUCGCCAUCUCGACCCCCAGGGGGCGACGUAGGCGCCCUGUUUUUGCUGGCGCUGUCGGCAGAGGGAGAACGACACCCGGGCGGGCAGCAGGUGCUCUCUCUGCUGAAGCGUUUCUCCUCACCGACUUUAUGGAGCGACGCGCAACCGCGAGUGGCUUUUCUUGACAAGACCUCUGGCGCCAAGCAGCUCCCCUCGUGUCUGUCCGCUGGAGACUUAUCUGCGCAGUUGCCGUCGGUGGGCGCAAAGGCCGAGCGCGGGGGCCGGAGGCCUGAGGCCGAGGACGCGGAGGAGGAGAGCGAAGAAGCAGAGAAGUGGAAGACAUGCUUCUCGCUUCUUCUCGCCGCUGCGGCUCUCCCCGCCAUCAGCAUCAAGGGUACCCACCGUGUGGCGGACCAACAUCACGUCAUUCGCUUCCUCCACAUCACAGAUAAACUUGUUUUCUCUUCUUCGGUUCGACCCGGGCCAGGAGUCGCAGGCGGGGCGCUUUCAGCGGAACCGGAAGCGCGUGAGCCGCAGAGUCCCGCGUUGCUGAAGCCUGCAGGCGCCGGCAAGGCAACGCGAGAGUCUGAGAGAGACGCUCGACGAGACGGCCAAGAGGAAACGGAGAGAUACAGGAAGCGGGAAGACGGCUCGCGUUUCGCUGUGAAAAACGAGCGAGAUACAUUUGUUCUUUCGUCUCGCCACCGUCGUGAGAAUCAACUGACAAACACACACGAACUGCAGGCUCGACUCGCUGGCGUCGACUGGCAGGCAAAGCUGCCGCCUCUGCCUCUGGCGCCAAAUGGAUGCUCGUGCUGCUGCUGCUUCAAUGCGUCACAUUCUUCUUUAUUUGCUUCCUCAUCUUCGUCUGCUGCGUCUUUGCCUUCAUCUCCUUCCUGUGCUGCUUCAUCUCCUUCCUGUGCUGCUUCAUCUCCUUCCUGUGCUGCUUUGUCGUCUUCUUCCUCAUCUACGUCGGCCUCUGCCUCUCUGACUUCUUCCUCGUGGACUUCUUUCUCCUCUGUGUCUGCGUCUUCUGCUCCGGCUUCCGCUUCUUCCUCGUCUUCCUCGUCUUCCUCUUCUUUUGCCUCUUCUCUGCCUCUAUCUGCUUCGCAUGCGCCGUCGCUUGAGCGAAACGGUUUGCCUCCGACAGUGCAGGUCGAGACGCCUGCGCUUCUCUGCAGCAGCGACUUGGCAUCGAACGUGAGGCCAGAGUGCACUACGCUCGCUUCUCUGACUCCCGAUCCGUCUUCUGUCGGAGAGCCAUCAAGGGGAGAGCCGGCCUCGCAGGCCCAACUCGUCUGCUGCCAUGUGGCGGCGGCGGUGCGCGCGAUCCUGGCGCGGUCCUACAGAAAACAGAUGUUGAGAAACGCGCGAGAAAGGGGAGCGUUUGCUGGGCGGAAGGAGCCGAGAAGAACAGAAGAAGGAGAGGCUGACCUCUCGGAGUCUCACAGCCUCCAACAGGCAGGACAACCUGCUGACGGGGCUGUUGGCGACAACGCGACGAAGGAAACGGAACUCAAAACGCACAGAGAAGCAAAGGGAGAGGAGGACGAAGCGAAUGGCGAAGCGCGUGGAGAGAAGGGCGGUUGUGUCGCGUCUUCUCGUUCUUCGUCUGCAUGCGAUUCUGUUUCCAAGGCGAGUGUCGAGGGGGGACUGGAGGGAGGAGAGACAGAGAGAGAAGUCCAGAUCGCGGAGAUGGUGAAGCAGCGACUCUUGAGUCUGCGCGAUUUGUUUCCAUUCCUCAAGACCCUCGCGGUCGCGUUGUGCACCAAAUUUCUCGAAGAUACCAAUGCAAAGGAGCUGGCGGGAGCUCGAGAGCUCCACGGCCAGAGACACACGGGGACAGAAGCCGCAGUUCACCAACAGCCACAGACGGAGGGAGAAGAGACGCUUGGCAGACGACCCGAUGCGGUGGGAGACAAAGGGGACUCGAAAAUGAGAAAACACAAACUCCCAGGACCUCUCCAGGGUGUCUGGCGAGAAACGUUGCCUGACGGGAAGAGCGUCUGGAUGGUCGACAACGAGUUAGGGGAGCACGGUGACAGAGACGCGAUCGAAACUCUUUCGACUGAAAAGCCAUGCGAAGAAGGCUCGCUUGGCGUCGAACAAGACCCACGGGUCACGGCUUUCCACUUUGAUCACUUGAGAGGAGAGUCCGGUGCUCUUCUCGCGGCCGUUCUUCUUCGACUUCUUCUUCUCAUAGAGAGACAUACAUCAGAUCACAAACAACCAGCCGUCCGACCCGCACCGCCCCUCUCUUCUUCUUUAUCUUCUUCUUCUCUUUCAUCAUCUUCUCUCUCUUCUUCGUCUAGUGAGGCCCAUUCUUUGGUUCCCGCGGCUCCUUUGGCGACUGAGGAGACGCCAGAGGACAGUCGCGGUUCCCUAGGGCCUUCGUCGACUCUUUUCCCUCGGCCCGCUGCACAGAGAGAGAGACAACCACAUGCGCAGCGAAGCACCAACUGCAUGCGUUUCUUUUGUCGGGCGUCUCUCGAGAGACUGGAAGCUCGGUUGAGAGCUGCGGAGAGAUUUGCGGAGAUCGAAAAGAGACUUAGGGCGUUGCCAGUGUGGAGAGAGUUUCCCGAUAUCGAUGUUGACAUUGCGGUCUGUGCUGCUGCUGCCGGUCGCGAGACCGAAUCUUUUCUUUCCUGUCCUUGUUGCUGUUGUUCUCUCUCGCGUCUUUCAUCCAGUCUCUCCGGGGCUCUGCCUCAUGCCAGCGAUUUUCCUCUCCCGUCUUGCCUUCUGUCUUCCGGGUCCUCCUCUCUCUCCCCGUCUCCUUCUUCUGUCUCUCUUCCUCUCUCGUCCUCCCCCUUUCUCUCCGUUUCUUCUCCCUCGUCUCCUUGUCUCGUCUCGUCUUCUUCUUCGUCUUCCUCUCCCAUCGUGUCGUCUUCUCUUCCUUCGCAUGCAUGUUGCUGUGGAGCUGACACUCCCCACUCGCCUUCAACGCUCUGUCAGUGCUGCUGUUGUCGACUGUCUCGUCUCUCACCUCAAGAGAUGCGAACGGCCGGAGUCGGACAUCGUCGUGAGAGCUGUGGAUCUACCGCUCCUUUCUGUCUUUCUGCCUGUCCGUCUGUCGCUCGCCCCUCUGAGUGUGGGUUCCCCUCGCUCCCCGCCGUCUCUCCUUCAGCUCUGACGGCGAGCGGGCGGCCUCUCGCCGCCUCUCUGCUCGGCUCUCGGGCCUCCGUUUCCUGGGAUGAAGAGAAGCAUGCAGCUUGCCUCUCUUUCUGGGAAGAAGGCGAGGAGGGACAGGGCGGAGACAGCUCCUGGACCCCAGAGGCGGGUGUCGAGACAGAAGACCAAGCAAAAGGCGGCACAAAAGACAAGACUGAAGAGAAAACAGACGGGCGAAAGCGUUACUUUGUUUUCGCCUCACAGGCCCCAGCGAGCCUCGUGGCGCUCCUGCGGCGUACCGCGCGACAAGAGAAAGAGAGGGAAGCGGAGGCGGGGAAGAAGAAGGACCAAGAUGGAGACACCCCCGCACAACAGGUCGAAGGGACAAACGGAGACCACGGAGAGACUUUGCCAAACGCCUCAGGGCCUCUCUCCGCAGACGACAGCCUUUACAGAAGGGAGCUGGCGCUGCUCGCAGCGGCGACUCUGUUUGUGUCGCUGAGCUUCGCUUCUCGUCCGGACACCGCAGCGUCGGAGCCAGGCCUCGCAGCAGGGCUCGUGAACGGGAACGAAAGCGAGAAACGUGCGUUAUCCCUGCGUCUGAGUCUCCUCGCCUCGCGCCUCAAGUUCCACCAGCGACAGCGGGAGGCGACAGAGAGCGGAGAACUCGAGAGGAGGUCGGAGAUGAAGCGCUCAGCGACGCAGGCCUUGCAGACCGCGGAGGCGAGCACCCAUGUGAUGCCUCAAAAGAAAGGGAACUGCUUCGAAACUCCGCAAGUCUCUCUGUUUCUCCGCCAGUGGGAAGCAGUCGUUUCCCUCGCUCCUCUGUCUCCAGCAGCUCCGCUCUCUCCGCUGUCUCCAGUGCGCGCCGGGACUGUGGGGGGCUUCUCUGCCUCUUCCUUCGCUUCCGCGUUUCUCCCGUUUCUGCGGCGGCUCGUGCAGGACAGCGACGGCGAAGAGGAGAGAAGACGAGCGGCUGCGCUCCUCGGGACUGAACGAGAAAUCGAGAGGCUGAAGGCCAAGGUUGGCGAGGCCCUGCGGCGGCCGCCUCUGCAUCCGAGGAAGUGGAUUUACGAGAAAUGGAUGGACAACCGCUCGACAGACAAGGCAGAGAAACUCCGCUCUCUUCACCUCCUCAAGUGGACGUUUUCUGUCUGCAUGCGCGAACAGACUUUCUCGGAUAUCUCUCAAGAAGUCUUGGGCGUCUCCGACGCAGGCCCCCUCGGCGAGUGCGACGUGAGAGAAGGCGUUGAAUCCCAACAGGCGAAGAACAAAAGACCGAGAGUGGCCAGAGAAAACGAAGAUGACCUCGACCUCGAACGCGCUUGCAGAUACCCUCUUAUAUGCACGCUGUGCGGAAAACUGAGUUUUCCUCUGUCUUGCCGGAACAGCGUGGAGGUUCACCUUCUGCAUUUGCUGAAGCGACACUGUCGCCUCGCCGCCCUCUGGGUUUUGUUUCUGGACAUUCGCGCGGUGUCCUUUUCGACGCGGCCUCUCUUUCUGCAAGUUGUCUCUUCGCUGCUUGACAAAAGGUCCUUCCCGGGGACUGCGUCGCCGGCGGAAGGUCCUCAGGGCCGGAAGGGCGCUAGCGAGAGCGGAGGGCAAGGCGAGCGAAAAGGCUUGCACGCAGCCAAAGACGCCUCGGGAUCCGAGAAAGCCAGGCAGAAAAAGGACCAGCGCGGCGGAGGCCCCGCGGGCGCCACGGCCGCAAAAACGGCUUUGCUGUCUCGCCGUCUCCUCGACUCCCUCCUUUUUCCGCCUUGUCCCAAGCACCUCGACGCCGCUAUCGCCCAAGUGGAAAACGCUCGCUUCCACCAGCGAUGCGUUUCGGCCGCCACAUCCCUUCUCCACCUUCUCCUCGCCAAGGAAACCGAGCAUUACCUCUCGUCUUGUUGGUCGUCUGUGUCUUCGCCUCCUGCGUCCUCUGAGUCCCUGUUUCCUUUAUCGUCGGCGAGUGAAAAGGCUCUGUCUCGACUGAUGUCUCGCUUGUUGAACACUGUGCUCGAGGCGAAGGUUCCGGGCUCCGGCACGACGGCGCAUUUUCUGCGCCUCGCGAUGUGCUUCGAGACGCAGGCGUCUGGGAAGACCUGCCCCUCGCGUUUCUUCCAGUUGCUGUCUCGCAGAGACCAGACUCUUCUCAGCAGCUUAGUCGCCACCGCUGCCCAGAAAAAACAGUUGCUUCCUCACCCUUCGUCGUCGCCUUCUGGCGGAGAAGCGGAGACUUCAGCUCUCUUGCACACCGUCCCCACCGCCUCCAACCUCGUCUCUGCACAUCUUACCUCACCCUUCUUCGAUUCGAGGCCUCCCCCUGUCGCUUCCGACCAACGUCGCGGACCCGGCGACCCUCUCACGUCUGCGUCCCCUUUCUUUUCCGCUUCUUUCUCAUCUACUCUGCCCUUGGUCUUCCGAGCUGGCGAGCGCCGUGGGAAGCGACCUCUGCGGGUGCACCAGCUGUGCAACGAAGAGUACGAACUGUAUGAAGAGACGCCGGGGGGAAGCUCGUUGAGAGAGCCGGACGUCGGAGGCUCGUCUUCUCGCUUUGUCACCGCUGAACUGUCGAGCCGAGGUUCAGAGGCGGCCGCAGACGCUUCGUCCUCCUGCUCACCCUUGCUUUCUUCUUCGCUGCUUCCUUCUUCGGGGCGUCACGGGGAGUCCAGCGAGACGCAGGUUGCAUCGUUGCUCUCGCGCUUCUCUGCGAAGGCGGCGCUCACCGACAAUGCCCGGCGCUUUCUUCUCCAGUUUCUCCCGGUCUUCGCCUCCUCGAAAAUGCUUCUGCCCUCUGUGGUGCAUGCGGCCUUGGCCGGAGGGUGCAUCUGCGGACGCCGAGAAGCUGAAAGAGGCGGAGGCGACGCGUCCUGGAGCGUCGAAAACGAGGACGCGGGUGGUGCGCACUCGGUCCUCUCUUGGUCUUCCUGUCUCUCGCCUCUUGAGCGAGGCUUUGGACAAAGACUGGAAAGCUGUGGGGACAGUGCAGGAAGACUACAAGUUGCCCGCGAGCUUCAGACGCCGCAAACGUCAAACGAAGGCGCGAGUCACGCUCUUGCUUCCUCCCUGAAGGCGCCCCCCGCUUCCUCUCGCUUUGCUUGCUCGGAGUCUCGGGCGGUGCUCUUCUCGGAGAAGGAGAACGCGAACUGGUUUCCCAACGACGAAAGGAAGAGAGAAGACGACGAAAGGGAGAAACACCGGGCGGAGGCCCGAGAGACGGAGGCAGACAAGCUGAGUCGAGAAGGGCAGACGACAGUUGACAGAGGUACCCAGAUGUCGCAAAACGAAGAGGAGGGAGGCAACGGAGAAAACGGAGGAACUGGAAAAACAGGAGGCGCGAUCCGCGUCGACGGGACUGCACGAGCGGCCAGAGGAAUUCAAGAAGGCGCCUCAGAGCAGGUGCGGCACCAGAUGAGAAGAAGGAGAAAAAAGUUGGUCGACGAACGAUGUUGCAUGUUCCCCGUCCCCUUGCGCGGAAAAGACGACGGAAGAGGGGCGAAGAGAGAGAAGAGUCACGACUGUGCACUCUUCUCGCUUUCCGGAUUUCAGGGGAAAGGCCUUGCGUUCGCUGCCCAUGACUUCUUUGAAACAGGCGGCGCGUUCUUCUCUCGAGAACUUCCGGAAUUCCGCUUUUCUUUCGCCUCCGUUCUGCCGCCGACCUGUUCACUGACGCGAGCAGCGUCGACGCGCUGGCGAGGCGCGUCAACCUCGCACUCAGCUGCAGAGGAAUCCGGUGCGAGUCCGGCCGCGAAGUGCAGCGUGUCUUCUCUCGCACCCGCCUCCGCGCGACUCCUCUGCGCGCGCAGGGACUGCCGCCCGCAGGAGCUCUCGCAGGCGUCUGAGGGAGCCCAGGAACGAGCGGAAGAAGAACAAGAAGAGCGACAGCUGAACAGCAGGAACGAAAGAAAGAGAGAAGGAGACGGAGGAAGCGAGAGAGCGGGAGAGCAGCAAACACAGAGGAGAGGGAGAGGGAGAGAGAGUGGCGUCGAGAUCGAGAGCCGAACCGGAGAGAAUGAGCGUGACGGAAAGCGAGAGAUGGAGAGAGCGAGCUACGGAGAGAGCGAGAGAAAGAGAGAGAUGGGCAGAGAGAGAGAGACGACGAAGAGGGAGAGAGAGAGAGACGACGAAGCGGCAGAGGGAGAGGUGGAAGGAAAGAAGAGACAGGUCUUUUCGACCUCGACUCGGGCGUUGGAUUCGCAUGUCUUUGUUCGUGGACUGGAGAGAGAGAGUGACAGGCAAGCGGCGAGAAGACGCGUCUCUUGCUCGCGAGAGCGGUUCUCCUGGUAUGAAGUUUUCGCUUUAACUCCUCUUCGACUUCUCCCUUCAGGCAGCCGUGUCGCACCGACGAAGCGCGGUACUUCGUUUUCUUCGAACGAACGAGCGCGUUUGAAUUGCCUGCAGUUCGCCAGCCACGACGGUUCCUCUUCUCCUGUCUCUUCUGUCACCUGUCCCCGCGACGAGGAAGAAGCAGCGAAGGGCAACGGUCUGGAGGAGCCGACGCGUCGGACGUCUGGGCUUCAGUGUGCCCCUUCGCUCUCUCCAACAGUCCAUCUGGGAUCUCCAAAUUCUCCGUCACUCUUUUCUCCUUCUUCGCUCCCCCGUCUCGCUUUGUCUCCGGGCGUCUCCUCCUCUGGGUCGCAUCGCGCGGCCGCGGCUCCUCCGGGCGAGGGGGAGGCGGCGCCUGCUGUGGAGACGUCGAAAGCCUUUUCGGAGACUUCGGAAACUGCGGAGAGCCGGCGAACGACGCGAGGUGGGGAGAGCGAGACGGCCGUCUCCUUCCAGCGGCACCUGAUUGUUCUUCUCCCUUCUCUGGAUCCGCAGGCGUCCGCGACCGCCUUCGCUCGUCGCGUCGCCCCCGUGCGAGGAGACGUUCGUUCCGCUGCGUUGUCGCAGGCGGGGAUAGAGGCUAGGAACACGGUCCUAGGAGAAAGUGAGACGCACCUGCUGACUGCGGCCUUCGCUCCUGAGGCGCGGCUCACGCAAAUUUGUCAUCGCCACACACCUCAGGAAGAGGCGAACUUGUCGCCUGGUGCUCGCCUCUCUGCGACGGAGAGAUGCUCUUCCGUGUGGAGUCAGGGCCUGUUGGAAACAGCAGGCGCCACGCUGCUUCCAGCUUCUCUCCUCUUUGUCUCCUUUCCUUUGGAGAUGGUGCGCGACCCCUCGCCUUCCCAGACGCCUUCGCCAGCAGCAGCUGGGAGUCUCUGUGUCGAUGUGAGAGAGAGAAAGGCGAAAGGAAUCUGGGGAGAAACGGGGACAAGAGAUAAAGGCGGAAGGGCGAGCGAGGUCUUCCCCGCUGCAGAGACGGCUGGGAGAGACAGCCAGCGAGAACAGGGGACCGAGAGCAAGUUGGCAGAAGUGGAGUGCGCUGCGGUGUCUUUGGUCAAAGAAGAAAACGAAGUUGUUUCGGGUGAAAAAAGAAAACGAAAGACAAACACUGACGUUGCUUGGACGUUCCUCGACUUCGUCACCUCCCACUCCUCUCGCCUUUCCUUCGUCUUCCGGGAGGCGAGAGCGGCAGCGGGGGAGGCCGGGAGAUCCGGGACUUCCGAGGAGACAGGAGACAGGGGAAAACAAAGAAGCGGUGAAACAGACGGACAUCGCCGACCAGGCCUGGCGCUCGCGGUGUCGCGACUUCGAGCUCAAGAAGGGGACUCGCUUUGCGGAGAAAAGGGAGGAGGCGCUGAAGAAGCGCGGAGAGCAAACGAAAUCCACGCAGAGCUCUGUGCCACAAAAAAGGGGAACAGAGGAGAGAAGGAAGACUGGCGGUCGAGGGAGAAAGAAACAAGCAAAAGAGAACACAAUCAGACGUGGAGCUUCUCUGCGGCGCAAGCGGGAACUGUCGCGGCGCUGGGCCUUCAGCUCUGGGUGCCGCUGUUCUGCGAGGCUGCUCAGCUUCUCUGGGGUGACGGCCAGAGCGAGGCCGAGGAUGCCUCUGAAGGAGAAAAGACAAAUCGGGAAGAAGAGCAGAAGAUCUACGGUCGAGCAGAACGCAACAGAGAAGGGCGAACUGCGAGCUCCCCACUGAGGUGCGACUGCGAGGAGGCGAGAGGGGAGAGAAAAAGCGAGGACGCAGAUUUGGAGAAGAGUCAUUGCAUGCAGAGAUCUGCGGAAAGGCAUUCUCGGUACCCACCAGACAGACAAGAGAAACAAGAUGUCAAUAGAGACAGACAACUCGAGACUCGCCCAACAUCCGAGCACAGCAAACGCGGGGCGACCUCGUCGGUCUGUGCCUCCCAGGAACACAACAUCUUCACCUCCCCUUCGUCUCCCCCUUCUUCUGGUUCUGCUUCUUAUGCUCCUUGUUCUUCUUCUCCCUCUUGUGCUGCUUCGUUUGCUGGACCAGUUGCGGGAGAGGGUGGCUCGGCGACGGAGUGCAGUCCAGAGGGCAAGACUGUAUCCGUUUCUCCUCGCAUGCAGAGAGCAGCUCUGAGACAGCUGCUGGAGAUCCUCGACGACGAGAUGCACCUCGAGCGCUCAGAAGACGAGACCGACGAGAGAGAAGCACUCGAAGACGAAGGAGCAGAGAGAAAAGUCGGAGGCGGAGCGACGGAUGGAGAAGGAGGGGAAGAGAGCGAGGGUGGAGCCGAGAGGGGGGAGAACUGGAGGCUGUCCCAGAAGUCUCAGAGCGCGAGGAAUAAGCGUGAGUUCGCGGUCUCCACUCUCUCUGCGUGUCUCGCGUUCCAGAGAAAGGAGACAGCUACGCAGGAGGGCCUUCUGCGACAAGACGAGCGAGCGGCUGUGGCCGAGCACCGCAGUCCGUCUGAAGAAGGAGAGGCGCGACAGAGCGAGCAAGGAACGCAACGACGCGAUUCGGAUGAAGAGCGACAGGAGGAAUCCUCAUUUCCAUGUCACGACUCUCGCGUGCAGUCGGACGCUUCUCUCCCGCCCAGUGGUGCCAGGCCUCUGCCUGCCGCGGUGGCGGCUGUCGCGGAGCUUGUCUUCUCCAGGCUUCUCUCGGUCUUCCUUGCCUUUCUCCAGGCACAAGAAGAACUCAGGGCGGCGCAAGAGACGGCAGAGGAGAUCCAAGAAAGUCUCGACCAGAGACUGCGUCCGCGUUCUUCCUUGCCUGAGAGAGCGGCAGAGACUCAUCCGAGCAGCGAGAGCGAGCGACGAGAGAAUGGGUCUUGUUUCGAGGCUCAGGAGAUGGAGAAGCUGGAGGUCGAUAGAGAAGGCAAACGAAGGAGACUCUCACGCGUCGGGACGACUGCACGCGCGAGAGCCAGAGUGGGAGAUCCACAUUUGUUUUUGACGGCUAGCUCGGGUCCCGCCACGCAAGGAAAGGAAGCGGAAGGCGAGGCAGGCAGCGACAAGAGAGAAGAACGCAGACAGGCAACAGAGUGCGGAUGCAGUGGAGGUCGAGAGCCUCUUCUUCAGGCGGGAGCAAACGGACUGAAGUCUGCAGAAAUGCCUGACAGUCGCUGCGCAACUUCGAAAGGAAUCCGCGAAGACGCGGGUGAACUCGAGCAAGCGAGAAAAAUAUGCGAAAUUGCACGAGGAGCACCGCAGAGGACGAAACAAGCGGCGCAUGCGACUGAACGGACUCUGGAAGGCGGAAAAGAUGACUCACCUGAAAAAAACGGGGAUGUGGAGUGGGCGCAGUGUGCCUUGUCAAACAUCCUACUGUCGUCGCCGACCGUCGCUCGGGAGUGUGUAGCCUUUGGAGGCUUCGGAAGGCUCCCCGACGACACACGCACUGGGUUGCAUUUUCAGUUGACGCCGUUUAUCGCCCGGGUGCAGCGAGGGAUUCCGUUGCUGUUUCGCCACCAACUGCAGAGGAGCGGGAUGCGGCAGCACGACUUGGUGGAUGCGUUUGCUUCGCUGCCCGGCCUCGGGGUGUCUCCGUACUCUUCAUCUGCGAGUUCUGUCUCGGCGGAGGGGCCGCGCAGCUCGGCGGUUCUCGCGCCGCUCGCGUCCGGACUUUCUCCGUCUCUCACCGCGCCUGGCUCAGGCCUGGAGAAGAAGGGAGACACUCGCGACGGCCUCGAGGACGAGCGCAGGCGGGCGCGGCGCAGGGACGAGAAGGCGGAGCGGAAGGCCGAGGCGCGAGACGAGGAGUCUGCCACCAGAGAGAAGAAGGAGGAACUCGACUGGACCCGCGUCGACAUCUUCGCAUGGGAUCUGACGGCGGAGAACGGUCUACCGUGUCGUGACUCCGCCGAAGACUCCUCGAAGGAAGUGAACUCACGCGAACCUCCCUCGCCUCUGCCGUCUUCUCCUUCUUCGCGCGCUUCUCUCUGCUCUUCUUCGGCGGCUGUCUGUGUCCCUGAGCCGCCUCCUUCGCUUUCUCGAGCGCCUGCGAGGAUGGCGCGCAGUGGCGGCGACACGGUGGGCAGGCUGGUGAGCGACCGGAACGACUCGAAGAAAAAGAGAAGGAAGCACAAGCCCCUGGUUGUGAAGAAGAACUCGAAGGCGUCUGCGCUGUGUGUCGCCUCCGGGGCGUCUCGGUCCCAUGGGUCUCAGAACGGACAGUUGAAUCCACGAACGUCUUCCCGGUCUGCCCGACGUGGUGCCUUUUCUUCUCGCUCGCUUCCUCAGAGUCGCCCGCCAUGCGUCUCCGUCGCUUCUCUCGGCAUCCUCAAAACACGGCAACGCCCUCUGGCCCCGCAACAAAGUACGCCUUCCGCGUCUCCUUCUGUCCUCCAGAGUGCAGCGUCUGCUGGUCUCACACACGGCAAGCGAGAGGAAAGAAAGAGAAAGAGUCCCAGAGACGCAAAGACGGGACCCUCGGCUUCUCCUGUGCUUCAGGGAGACGCGACACUGAAUCUGGGGAAGAAAAGAGAUACUUCUUCUCCGGGGGAAAACUCGAGAUUCGCGCCGCCACUCGUCGGCUCCAGCAGCUCUCGCCUUCUCGCGGCCCAGUGGCAGGCAGCAGAUCCGGCGCUCUUGUCGCUUGCGGCGGAACGCAUGCAGGAGCGAAAUCUCUCAGCUUUCCACGGUCUGCUUCUCGGAGAGGACGGCAGACUGCCAGAGAAUGCGGAAUUGCAACUGAAGAGAAACGAAUUGUUUUUCGCUCUCGAGUCUCAAAGUCGCCUCAGUCGAACGGCGAAUCUCUUGGAAGCGACGGUUUUGCGUUCUGGAGCUCGCGCGCCUUCCUUUGUGGUUCGCACGAAGUUGCUGAAGCUGGGGAAGUCUCGCGUUCACGGGUGGGGAGUCUUUGCAGCCGAACCAAUCUACAAGGACGAGUUCGUCAUCGAAUACUCUGCAGUCGUCGUCAGUGAGGCCAUGGCCAACUUCAGAGAGUGGCAGUACAUGCAGAGCAUGGGAGGAAGCACUUACCUCUUCAAACUGAAAAACAGCGCAAUCGUCGACGCGACUCAAAGCGGCGCCGUUACAAGAUUCAUCAACCACUCUUGUCGUCCCAACUGCCAAACCAGAGACCUCAGCGGUGGAAGCGACGAUGACAGCCGCCACUGCCACGUAGGAAUUUUCGCUCUGCGAGACAUCGCAAUCGGAGAGGAAUUGUUUUACAACUACAGCUUGUCGGAAGGAGCACUGGGACACGAAGCGUGCUACUGCGGAGCUGAAGGAUGCAAAGGCGUCAUGUAAUUCUCUUUUGCGGGCUGUCUCCUUCCGCAAGAAGUCUUCUCGCUCUUGCAUCGUUCCUCCGUCGUUGUCCCUUCUUCGUUUCUUUCUCUUUCUUCUCUCUUUCGGUACCUCUUCUGUUUGCUUUUUGCUUUCUCUUGUUGCCCUUUUUCCCUGUCUUUUCGUGCAUUUGUCUCGUAGUGUGGGGUGUUCGGCAGCGGUUGAGGGCAGGGAUAGCCCUCUCGUUUUUCGCGGGGGGUUCUUCGACGUCCAUACGCUUCUUGCUUCUUGUCGCUUCCAAGUGUGGCGAACUUGUCUCUCUGAGCUGCGUUCUUCUUCGGCUUGAAUCUCUGCUGUGACGUUGCUGUGAUUGCCGUCCUCCGUCUUGUCAAUCUCAUGUCAAACAUAUAUCAAGUUUAAACGGAAAACUGACUCCUUCGAGUCUGUCCCGAAUGUGUGUGCUACAGAUAUAUAUAUAUAUAUACAUAUAUAUAUAUAUAUAUUCGUUUGUGUGUGUAUGUGUAGCAGUUGUUUUAUGUGGAUGUUGGUUCUGUGUGGACCCAAACGGGAACAGCUGUCUCUCUCCAUGUGCACAAGAGUAUGACCAUCGAAUAUAUGUGUAUUUGUAUAUAGGCAUGGCUGUAAAGGAAUUUAAAGGUAUUGAUGUACAUUGGGGAAACGUUUAGGGGCAAUGCCGUAGCAACGCGGAUCUCCCGUUUGUCUUGAAGCGAGAUGGAAGCACUUUCGCAGCGGUCGCCUCCUUGCUUUGUCGCCUGCAGGGUGUCCUUCAUGGUCCUUGUGAGCACGCGUUUCAAUAUCGAACUUCUUGCGGUCAAGAGAAGGGAGAGUGUGCCG